GACCACAGACUCCCGGAUCACGUGAUCACAACAGAACGUAUUUAAUGGCGGCUGCCGUUGCUCGCUGCUCUGUGGGGUUUCCGUGCAGGAAAGGACUGGGACGUUUCUUGCAAAGAGUUUCAUCUUUGGGAAGCUGUAGUCACCCCACAGAUCUUUUGUGUGUGCAACGUCGGCACUUUUUUUGGAAAAAGUGGAAAAGCUCUCACGGUGUGGUUCGGCCAGCUACUGUUCGGCCAGCCUACGCGGUCCCUAAGCACAUUGUGCAGCCUGACUAUGUCAGCUGUGGACUGGUCCCAGAAUGGCCAGACUACAUCGAGAUCAAGAACCAAGAGCAGAUUGAAGGCCUUGCCAGAGCUUGCCAGCUUGCCAGACACAUAUUGCUACUUGCUGGAGGCAGUCUGAAAGUUGGAAUGACAACAGAUGAAAUAGACUUUAUUGUGCACCAGGAGACGAUAAGGCACAAUGCCUACCCCUCCCCCCUUGGGUAUGGAGGUUAUCCUAAGUCGGUCUGUACAUCUGUGAACAAUGUGGUGUGUCAUGGCAUACCUGACAGCCGCAAACUUGAAGAUGGUGACAUUAUCAACAUCGAUGUCACAGUGUAUUUGGAUGGUUACCAUGGUGACACGUCAGAAACCUUCUUGAUUGGUCAGGUGGAUGAGGCAGGGCAGCGGCUGGUAGAGACAGCGAGGCGUUGCAGAGAUGAGGCCAUCUCUGUUUGCAAACCAGGAGCACAGCUUUGUGUUAUAGGAAACACUAUCAGUGAAAUAGCCCAGUCCAGUGGCUUUCAAAUCUGUCCAUAUUUUAUUGGACAUGGAAUAGGCUCCUAUUUUCAUUGCCAUCCUGAGAUUUGGCACCACGCUAAUGAUAAUGACAUAAGCAUGGAUGAAGGGAUGGCUUUCACAAUAGAGCCUAUAGUGAUGGAGGGGUCCCCCGAGUUUAGAAUCUUAAAGGACAAAUGGACCGCAGUGUCGGUCGAUGAUAAAAGGUCAGCUCAGUUUGAACACACGGUGGUCAUCACAGCCGAUGGAGUGAAGAUUCUCACCAAACUACCAGAAGAAGACGAGCUGUGACAGAAACCGGCCGCUACCUCGAACAGGACUUCACAAACACUGUUAUGCCUCAAGCCCUCUUAGAAUGGCAAACACCAUGCGUUCUCGAUCAUUAAGGAGACAUGUUUCUAUAUAGUAGAUUUGAUGUUAAGACGUUUUGCUGAAGCUGAACUUAUUGUUUCAGGUACUCGAUGAUGGUCUUAAAAAUUGAGAUUUGUUAAACUACAUGGCAGUUUUCCUGACAUUAAUAUAGACUUAUUCCUCAAAAAAAAAAAUUGCGUGGAAAUAAAAACAAAAUCUAAACAUGUUUUUGUUGUCACGCUUCACUCCAUGUGUAUUUAAGAUUCAAACGGUUUGGGUUUUAGAGAUUUAAUAUUGAAAUGCUGAACAUGUCUUGCUGUCAGAAAAGCUAAAUUCAGAUGAGAAAAGGUAGCCAGGAGGUGGCAGCACUAGCUUAGAGUCAGCAGACUUUGUCUCACACCCUUUCAGUCUCUGUUAAAUAGAAGCAGCCCUACACCCUGUUUGACCCUCUUAUAUGUGUGUCUCAUUGCAGAGCAGCGAAAACCCAUGUGUAAAUCUCAGUUUAAGCAAGAAUGUCUCCUGACACCGAAGUCUCCAUGGUGACAUUAAUCUAAAGCGGCUGUCACCAGUUUAUGCACCGUUGCUAAACUGCACAGCCUGAGAUUAAUUGUUCAGAGCAAUGUAAGGAAAUUACUUUGUUAUUUUUUUUCAGAUAAAAUGAAAAAAGCGAAAAAGAAGAGGCGAAGCGUUGGACUGAGGAAGUGAAUUCCAGGCAUGGCAAAGCCUUUGCUUUUCUUUACUGUGACCUGGUCUGUAGAUGGAUGUAAUGACGAGCAUAACACGAGAACAAGUUCAAACAGGGCUCCUGGUGUAAUUUGGGUGGCUACGCUUAAAGAAGCUAUAUUGCUUUGAACGUUCUGAGUAAACGCUGAUAAAUCUCAAAAAGACCCAGUAACGUGGAUAAAGCCAAAUUGAACUGUUGUACAGAAAAACCAUUGGUGUGCAGUAAGACAAGUCUGAGUCAUUCAGAUACACAUGAACAUGCAUGCACUCAUUAAAUGUGUACUAAUUACAUUUUUCAUAACAGGGGAGUGGUAAAUUGGAGAGGCUUCAGGGAUACAAAAAGAGAGAGAGAGAGAGAGAACUAAAAAAAAAGGAUCCCAGCCCACUGUAAGGGUGUGUUUUCAUUUCCUGCCAAUGUGUGUGAGCCCCACAGUGGGUAUGUUGGAUCAUACCAACAGCAGUUUGUGGGCGAAGCAGGAAGGAUUAAGCAAACAGAGGUGGGUCAGGUUCAGCCCAGAAGUGAUUCAAGUUUAAUGUAUUAAAUGAUUCAUAUCAGACUAGAUCAUCUACACGUGUUAGCUGUUUUAACUUGAACGCUAUAACUGUAUGAAAACAAGAAAAAACAAGAGUCACCCCGAAAUAGUAGACACCACACUUCAUCACAGCUGGAGAUAUUUGUUAUAGAUUUACAGUCUAGCCUUUGAUUUCAGGGCAGGGCGUGCAAACCUGCAGGAGCACGAACUCCCUAUGAAUCAGAUCGUGACGCAGACAGUUUUUUUUUUUUUUUUUUUUUUA